AUGGUUAAGCCGAAGCAACAGAAGAAGCCACCCCAGAAGGCGCAACAACACCCGCAAGUUAGAGACAAAGAUGAUGACAUCUACUCCACGGGUGUUGAUGUGGCUAGUGAUGUUAAGAAGCUGGGAAAACAGGGUGAUACUCUUCAAUUUCGGACCCAGUUGGAUGCUCUGGGCUUACGCAUUGUUGAAGUGACUGCAGAUGGUAAUUGCUUCUUCAGAGCCCUUGCUGAUCAGUUGGAAGGCAAUGAAGAGGAACACAGAAAGUACCGCAGCCUGGUCGUGAAACACAUAUUGGAUAACCGGGAGAUGUUUGAGCCCUUUAUUGAAGAUGAAGUCCCUUUUCAUGAAUAUUGCCAGUCCAUGGAAAAUGAUAGUACAUGGGCUGGACAUAUGGAAUUGCAGGCAGCUUCUCUUGUAACACGUAGUAAUAUAUGCAUUCACAGGGAGACAACUGCUUUCAAAUCAGGCAUUCAGUCGUAUCAUGAUGGGGAGCAUUAUAACAGUGUGCGGUUGAAGGAUGAUCCUUGCGAUGGACCUGCAAGGCCAAUUGUAAUUAAGGCUGAUGCUGAUCUUUCAGCACCUUCACAUCAAACUAAAGGUUUGGACAACAAAUCCCAUGGGCGAGCUGGUAGGGAAACUUUUCAACCAGGGUCCAUAAAGGUGGUUAUGGCUGGAACUGGAUGUGAAAACACCGAAAAAGUGAAACAGAUUCUAGAGCAGGUAAACGGAGAUGUUGAUGCUGCAAUAGAAUUUCUAAUAGCAGAACAGGGAACAGAGGAGUGCGCUGCAAACUCGGAUUCCCCUUCAAGUCAGGCUAAUACUCAUGGUCAUGAUGAAAAUGAGAACCAUAAGCAACACAAAGAAGACAAGGUAGAGGACAGCACUAAUGAUGAAUCGAAUAGUUGUUCCAAGAAGACCAAUGAUAAUAUCACAUUGCAACCAAAUGAUAAGAUUCCUAGAAACAAGGUCUGCCCGUGUGGUUCCAAAAAGAAAUAUAAAGCUUGUUGUGGAUCUGCGGUGGGAAAACAAUCUACCAAGUUUGUAAUUAACCAAGCAGCUGACUCGAGAAGGGGCAAAAAUGAAAGGAAGCAAGGAAAGAAGGGGAAUUCUGCGAAAGAAGUACCUAGUGAAUAUGACUUGGGAACACCUGACAUGGGAGCACUUUAUGGUAUCAUACGCCUGAACUCAAACGCUUUGGUAAAACUACUAAGAAAAGGGAAAAAUGUGGGGGAGAAAGAGAGAGAAACGAGUCGCUCUGGAUGUAGCAGUGUCUCAUUGAUAGGAUGCGAAGAAAAAAGAUCUAAGGUGAGAGGGGCUUUAACCUAUGCUGAACACUGA